AUGCUAUCUUCUGCUGCCACUGAGAACUUUGGCAAGCUCACCCUCCUACGGUUCCUUCUUGCUGUCAUUGUCACGGGCGCCCAGGCCAAGAAGGCCAAGGACGCAGAACCCAAGAAGCCACCUGCCAAGGCCAUCAAACCUGUGGAGGAAAAGAAAAAAUUGCUCCUCAUGUCACCCAAGUCUCCCAAGGACGACGAUGCCUGGAUUGACCAGCUUGCCCAGAUGGACCUCACCAACGACAGACCAAGUCCUCUGUUUGUCAUGAUCUUACCAGCAGAGGAAGAUGGAUGCUACUUUGUGGUGGUUUGCCAGCUCUAUCUGCCUCUUGCGAUGAACGUGCUCGGCAACCUGCCGUCCUUUCUUCAGUUCCACCUUGGCAAGUCGUCAUCCCCCAAUUUCAUCCAAGUUAUCAAGAACUGGUCAGCCACCGAUCUUGCCUACCAGAAUUGCAAGCUUCAUGUUGAAUGGGUCCUGUCAGACAGCUGUAAGCCCAGUUGUGCUCCCUUCCAAGCACCGACCCAUUACACCAGAGAUUGGCAGGCGGCAAAGGACGAAUUGGUCCUCGGCAAACAGUGCCCGCAGCUUCAAUCAGUGAUCGAAGCCAUGCGGGAAAGGACUCGGGCGAGGCGGGUUUUGACUGCCACCUACCGGAUUCCCAUCGAACUCCCGGGCAUGCUGACUUCUGCUGUCACUGAGAACUUUGGGAAGCUCACCCUCCUGGGAUUCUUUAUUGCCGUCAUUGUCACGGGCGCCCAGGCCAAGAAGGCCAAGGACGCAGAACCCAAGAAGCCACCUGCCAAGGCUAUCAAAGUACUGAGUGAUAGCGAAUCGUCCGGUGACGACGAUGAUGAUGAUGGCCCCCCAACCUUUGAGUGGACCACAAUCAUCAAAAAGUCUUUGGUUGCCUCCACUCCAAAGCCUGUGGAGGAGACAAAAACAUUGCUCCUCAUGGCACCCAAGUCUCCCAAGGACGACGAUGCCUGGAUCGACAAGCUAGCACAGAUGGACCUCACCAACGACAGACCAAGCCCUCUGUUUGUCAUGAUCUUACUAGCUGAGGAGGAUAGAUGCUACUUUGUGGUGGUUCGCCAGCGCUAUCUUCCUCUUGCAAUGAACGUGCUUGACAACCUGCCGUCCUUUCUUCAGUUUCACCUUGGCGAGUCGUCGUUCCCCAAUUUCAUCCGCGUCAUCAAGAACUAG